AUGUCAGGAUUCGAGAUUGCUGGCGCUGUUCUAGGUGGCUUCCCAAUUCUUCUCAACUGCAUAGAUUAUUACCGCGGAGCCCUUGAGCCGAUGGACAAUUGGUGGCACUUCCGAAAAUAUCUCAUCGAGUUUGUCGACGAUAUCAGGCACCAGAACAUGAGAUAUCAUGAUAAUCUCAUUCGACUUCUCGACCCCAUCAUUCCUGACAAUGAGAGUCUUGUGAACUUGAUAAGAGACCCCACCGAUUUCCGAUGGAAGGAUGGUAGCCUUGAGGAUCAUUUGAAAGACCGCUUCCCAAGUGAGCUGGACCGCUUCCUUCGAACCAUUGAGAGGAUGCACGAUGUGAUGUUGGAGCUCUAUAAGAUUCUUCAAAUUCGAGAUGGAAAGAAUGUCAAGUUUUUGGAGCCAAGUCCAGCUAUAUGUAUCACACCGUCCGAAAACGAAGCUGCUAUGAAGAAUGGCGGGGUUUCCCUUCCCUGUCGGAAUAAUGACGAACGAUCCAGCAGGCAGAAAAUCGAAAACCUUUGCGCCUUUUUGGAGGAGACAUCAUGGAACGAGGGUGUCCUGCAUGACGAGUUCGACAGGCACCUCGUCUUCAAUAAAGAUUCAUCAGGUUUGCGACGUAUCGUUCCCGGCAAAUUGAGGCUUUUGUCUCUCACCGAGUUGCUAGAAGCACACCACCAAGCGGAUAUAACCCUUUCGAGGCAGUCACGGUUCGAGAUAGCAGCCCAUAUCUCGGCGGCGCUACUCAACACGUAUCCCUCGCCUUGGAUGCCUUCUUCCUGGACGAAGAGCAGCUUCUACUUCCUUGUUGACGAUGAGACGCUCUUGAGCUGCCAUCCAUUUUUGUCAAACACAUUUGAGCUUGACAAGGAAGAGAGCUCGCCCUCCGAAGAAUCGAUGUUAACCAAGAACAUUUCGGAACAGGCAGCCCGCAACUACCUGUUUACUGUCGGCGUAAUAGUUUUGGAGUUGAUAUUUGGGCAUGACAUCAGCCAUUGCCGCUUCCGAAAAGAUUAUCUCCAGGACAACAGACCUAAUGAGCUCACAGAUAUGCUUACUGCCCAGCGUUGGGCGAAGAAGGUGCUAGUUUCAUCCUUCUACCCGACUCGCAGAUUCCUGUCGUACUCGUCACACAAGAUGCCUUCAUCCAAGGGAAAGCCCACUGACCCCGAGUUGAGGGAGGAGAUCAAGGAAGAAAUUAAGCAAGAGCCCAACAAGUCGGGCGGAGGAGAGGGACAAUGGGCCGCAUGGAAGGGCGCGAAAUUGGCGAAAGAAUACGAGAAGCAGGGCGGCGGCUAUGAGAAUGAGGCGGGGUCCAAGAAUGAGCCAAAAAAGGGCGAGCCCGAGAAGAAGAGCGAGAGCAAGAAGAAGGCUGAGACUGAUGACUAG